CACUUUAAUUUUCAUUUCUCUUCUACUCUCUCUCUCUCUCUCACACACACACACAUAUAUAAAAUUGAUACACGGUCUCUCUGUCUGUCUGUCUCGACAACAGAGAGAGAAAGAGUUAGGUAGCUGCAAUUGUCGAUACAAGAUGUGCUUGGGGUUGGUUUGUGAGGAAGGGGAGAGGGUGUUGGGUCGGCAGAAAGCUCCCGGGGCGUGCCCCUACUGCGGGGGAAACGUGGAAGCCAUGGACGUGGAGAGCAAGUGCAGCUUCUGCUUUCUCCCCAUCUGCUUCAAGAUCAAGAGGAAGUAUUUCUGCACUUUAUGCGCCAGGCGUUUGGUCUUGUACGCAUAGCCUCUUACCCACCUACGUACCUUCUUUUAUGUUAUGUUCCCAAAAAAAAAUUUAGUUUACUUUCUGUGUAUAUUUCUUAAUUUUUGGUCAAACUCAGCACAACUGUAUUGGUAUGGAUAGGCAUCGAAAUGCCAUUAGGAUGGCCUGAUCAUCUUUUUUUUUUUAAUAAUUUUUGUGUGGAUUUCAAAUUAAUAUGGGUUUCUGCUCUUUGACACUGAGAGAUCUCUGGAAAAGAAAGAGACGUGUUUGAAUCUCUAUAGUCAGCGGCUAGCGUCGGUCUGCCUCUUCCUUCCAACACAGAUGAAUGGGUCGAUUCCUUUGAUUUUCCAGCAAUUAAUUGUGCCUUCGCGUGGAUUAAUCAUUGACGAAUUAAUUUCCAAUUCUCCGCAGCAGGAGGAGGCAUAGAUGCAGGUUUUUGUUUAUUAUCUUUCCCUUUCGAUUUCGUUCCCUGUGCCUGUCUGUGGAAUAAUCUUUGGGAAAUUGCUCAUCCUCAGCGGGGAUCAGGUGGUAUUCAUGUAUGUUUUUAUCUUGGCUUCGUCUAAAUUCACUUUGUCUGGAGAAAUACAGACAGCCAAGCCUCUGAAUAUGCAGAGGCCCACUGCCACUGGGAAAUCUUUUUCCGUCA